GCAGGUAGAGUGUUGUAUUCCGCGGUGAAUGCUGGGAGGCUGAAGAUGGCGACUUCGUUAGGAGCGAAUACGUACAAUAGACAAAAUUGGGAAGACGCGGAUUUUCCCAUCUUGUGUCAAACAUGUCUGGGGGAGAACCCUUACAUUCGGAUGACAAAAGAGAAGUAUGGAAAGGAAUGUAAGAUCUGUGCCCGCCCCUUCACGGUCUUCCGCUGGUGCCCGGGGGUGCGGAUGCGCUUCAAGAAGACGGAGGUGUGCCAGACCUGCAGCAAGAUGAAGAACGUGUGCCAGACCUGCCUGCUGGACCUGGAGUACGGCUUGCCGAUCCAGGUCCGUGACACGGGCCUGUCAAUCAAAGACGAUAUGCCGAAGUCUGACGUUAACAAGGAAUACUACACCCAGAACAUGGAGAGAGAGCUCCAGAAUUCGGACGGGUCGCGGGGUCCCGUGGGGCUCCUGGGCAAGGCGCCCAGCUCCAGCGACAUGCUCCUGAAACUGGCGCGGACCACGCCCUACUACAAGAGGAACCGCCCCCACAUCUGCUCCUUCUGGGUGAAGGGAGAGUGCAAGAGAGGGGAGGAGUGUCCUUACAGGCACGAGAAGCCGACGGACCCCGACGACCCGCUGGCCGACCAGAACAUCAAGGACCGGUACUACGGCAUCAACGACCCGGUGGCCGACAAGCUGCUGAAGCGGGCCUCCACCAUGCCCCGCCUGGACCCCCCCGAGGACCGGUCCAUCACCACGCUGUACGUGGGCGGGCUGGGGGACAGCAUCACCGACACCGACCUCAGGAACCACUUCUACCAGUUUGGGGAGAUCCGCACCUCCACGGUGGUGCAGCGGCAGCAGUGCGCCUUCGUGCAGUUUGCCUCGCGCCAGGCCGCCGAGCUCGCCGCCGAGAAGUCCUUCAACAAGCUCAUCAUCAACGGCCGCAGGCUCACCGUCAAGUGGGGCAGGUCCCAGGCAGCCAGGGGGAAGGAGCGGGACAGGGACGGAGUGAGUGAGACGGGGAUGAAACUGGAGCCAGUACCGGGCCUUCCAGCAGCUCUCCCCCCGCCCCCCUCAUCGGAGGAGGAGGCCCCCGCCAACUACUUCAACCUGGGGCCCAGCACCUCCCCGGCGGUCAUGAACAUGGCGCUCCCUCCCCCACCGGGGAUCAGCAACCCUCCCCCCCCAGGUUUUGGGCCGCCAAUGUUCCAUUCCAUGGGUUCGAUGGGUCCUCCCCCUCCCCCUCCCCUGUCCAUGAGACCUCCCGGCCACAUCCACUACCCUUCCCAGGAUCCUCAGCGCAUGGGCGCCCACGCCAGCCGCCAUGGCGGCUCCUAGUCUCACAGUUUCCUCGACGCAGCCAACAACUUAAUGGUCUCUGGAGGCGACUGGGCUUUCAGGUUCAGUGCACAAUCGCUGCUUUUUAACCCUUUACCUGAAGUAUGGGGACAGGAACGGUUCGAAUGGGAAAUUUCCCAUAAACCGUUAAUCCUCAAACUGAAACAAGCUGUCCCUCAAAGCUAAUUUAAAGAAGAAAAGAAAAAAAGAAUUAAAGAAUAAAAAAAGGCUGAAAAAGCUUUUCUGCUUGAACCAGGAAGAGCCCCCUCUGUGGUGGUGGUAUGAACAUUUUGGCGGGUGUCACCCCCGUCCCUCCAGUGCAUAACCCAAGAACAGAGACUGGGGACAGUGUAGGAAAUUAAAAAAAGCCCUUCUCUAUAGAAGGGUCAGGUAUUUGUUUUUAAUAAACGUUCCAGGCGAGAAGCCUGCUGCUGCUAGCGCUGCAGCCUGCGAUCCCGCGUAGGUUACUCCUGCCUUCCGGAAACCUCUGGCUCUGUUCAAGCUAACCACUACGCUGCUCUGCCGUUAACAUCGAAUAAAAAUGAAUAUCUUCUACUUAGAAUCCGCUGAAACCACUUUCGGAAAGGCUGUGACUGACUGAGUUGAGGAGCUCCUUCAUGGUUACAUUAUCUUGGUUUUUUUUUUUAACCACCGGAUGAGGAGCUUGCAGAACCCCUUGCGGCCUCUGGGUGGCGCCUGUUUUUUUGCACUCUGCUCAUUCCGCGCAUGGAAUUGUGAGCUCUCCUGCUGCUGAAGUUAAAGAGGUGAUGUGGUGAUAGAAGACUUGCUCAAAGUUCUGAGCGAAGGCCAUUGUAGUUUGGAUGUGCCUGGGCCCUUUAGAGGUCCUUAACUCUUUGAAGAGUCUUGUUUUUUUUUUUUUUUUGAAUGUUUUAUUCUUUCAAAAUUCUGUGUCAGUGUGUUCUAGAACUCCAUUGCUCUCAUUUAUCAGUAGUGACUGUUACAUCAGCGUCGGAGUGUUCCGUUGAGAACAUUUUCCUCACAUAUUUACGUUCUUACACCUUAGUCUUCGUCUCACUACCAGGUUUCCUGGUCAGGAUUGCGGUUAAAACUGCUGCAAAGGAAACCAUUUUUAAACCGUUACUUCCCUUUACCAUCCAUUGUCAUUGUUGAGAUUUUUAUUUUUCGUUUUUGAUAAGCUCUCAUAUUGGCAAUAAAAUGCAUUUCUUUUUUGUAAAGUAUGUGUCACAUGUAUGUCCACUUUGAACAUUAAAAAUAAUCCACCUUUUCAGUCAAUGUUUUAUUUUUGUCAUUGAGAAUUUAUUUUUUCAUCAAAAUGAGCUGGACGGUUCACUUACAUUCACAAGGCUAUUCUUAUUUUUACAUGUUUAAUAGCAAUAAUAAUAUUAUAAUUCAUGAUGAAUGCUGCUCAAUAAAAGACAUUUAUUUGUAAU